AUGAAUUAUCGUGCAAAUAUACCAAUUCACAAACGUGACGACGAGUUGAGCUUUACUCAUAGCAUCGAGACGGACAACGAGGGUGCAAGUACAACCCCAAUUGUUGUUGUUCCUGACUUGCGACUACACAUGAUGCAAUGCGAACUUGAGGUAGCCAUCGACGAGCAUCUGGAGCUUCUCCGAGAAAACAAGAUACUCAAGGAAAGCUGUUGUGAAAAAAGGGUGACUGGGAUUGAACUUGAAUAUUAUGAUCUUUCGAUGGAACACGACUCCUUGCUUGCGGAUGUCACCCGAAAGAGAAAAGAAGUCAUGGCUUGCAAAAGGAUCAUCCAAAUCCUUCAAGGAGAGAUUACAAAGUCUAUUGGACUACAGAGUGUGGUGGACCUGACAAACCACCCUGACUACUAG